GAGACCCUCGCCUCGGUCAGAGGGACCUUCCGUUUCUCCUAUUGAGUCACAGUCGAUAAAGGCGGGCGAAUUGAAGACAGCUACUCCAAGGAAUACGGUGCACAGUCAACGACAUCUCUAUGACGGCCCCAAUACUUCUUCGUCUAUUGGCCUCUUGCACCCAGAUUCUCACACACCGGUUGCGGUGAAUGGACAAUUACGAACUUCCCUGCGCCCACUAACUCCAGCCAGCGAUGUCAAAGAUCAGGAGGAGAUUCCUAGCUUGGUGGGCGGCUCCGACAAAAAUUGGCGAAGAAGCAUGUUUUCCGAGAUGGAAGACUAUUUCCGUGUACAUCUUUCCAUGGAUCAUCUGUUCAAUUGGCAAGGACUGGACGAAGACUUUGUAAUAUAUCCGUUUGCUAUUCGCUAUCUUGCUCAGUAUUUGCAUUGGUGGGAACAUGAAUCACGUAAACCGUCAGCGAAGUCUCUGUCUCCUCAUUUGUUGCUUACAGAAGUUCGAAAGCUGUCGAGCACGAAUUUACUGCAAGCGAUUGGAAACCAAGCAAUCGUCCGAGAAUAUUUGGUCGGAAUUCUACGUCGAACAGAACAAUUUAGCUAUCGGCACUACAGCAAUAUAGAGAUUAAUCGGGCUUGGUCAGAUGUAUUGCGCCGUUCUUUGCAACUAGAUGAGCAGGACAUGGCCCUUUCUCUUUCAACGGUUUUGGAACACGAUUUCGAAGGCUCCAUGCAAGAGGUGAUUGGUAUGCAAUCGACCGAUCUUCACAACUUUAUGGAUGUGCUGCAAUCGCUAAUUGAUAGACAAUACGGCUCGAUCCGUGUCCUGGAGCGAUUUCUACAGAAGCUCGUUGACAAAACAGGUGUUCUACCCAAGCACUUGUUCUUGUCAGGUAUUAAGAGGAUCGGCGAGAACCCAAUUGCCGGUGGCGGAUUUGCUGACGUCUGGAAGGGCAAGUCUGGAGAGCGUACUGUUGCUUUGAAGGUCAUUCGAAUAUUUGGCCUUGCAAAUCCUAAUGAAUCGCAGCAUCAGGAAUUUUGCAAAGAGGCAAUGAUCUGGCGACAAUUUCGACACCAAAACAUUCUACCGUUUUACGGCGUGUGUAUAGACGAAUUUUCACCUCGACUUGCCUUGGUCUCUCCGUGGAUGAGAAACGGCGAUGUCCUGUCGUACCUCAAGGAGAAUGACGGCGUUAAUCAUAUCGCAGUGAUUGCUGGCAUAGCUCUUGGACUAUUAUAUCUUCAUACAUUAAAGCCUCUUGUGAUACACGGCGAUCUUCGUGGGGCUAAUGUUCUCAUUGACGACCGCGGACGACCGAAGCUCGCCGACUUUGGGCUUGCCCGCAUAGUUGAUUCCCAGGCUUCUACAGUUGCGGCAACCUCUUUCAACGGGAAAGGUGCUGUACGAUGGCAGGCACCGGAGCUGCUUGACUCUGGUCGAUUCGGGAGUGACUAUUGCAGGGUAUCGCCGCGCAGUGAUGUAUAUGCAUUUGCCGUUGUUUGUUUGGAGGUUUUUACGAAAGAAAUACCUUUCGCACACCUGCGAGACAUACAAGUUAUUUCAGAAGUUGUUAUUCGUGAUAGACGACCUUCUCGUCCUGCCGCAGACUCGUUAGCCGUACAGUGUGGUCUGAGCGAUAAGAUUUGGAGCUUGAUUGAGAGAUGCUGGACUGCUCAACCUUGGGAUCGUCCAGAUAUGCAGACUGUGGUGCAGGAUCUUACCGUCGAUUUCCCCUAGAGGUGCUCCAUAGAUACCCCCUCUCUCCCUUAUGAUGCGAUACCCUAAAUUGCUAUGCUUUGGAACUGUCUUAAUACUUUCGCUGCUGCUCUCGUGCGUUGCUACUCCUGGUAUGGUUUGUUAAUUGUAUGUUACCGAUAAAGA